AUGCUGAGUUCACAGGCCCUCGAUGCUCCGGCGGUGAUUUUUGACAAUGGGUCCGGGCUCUGCAAGGCGGGCCUGUCAGGAGAGAUUGGGCCCCGACACGUCAUCAGCACCGUCGUAGGGCACCCCAAGUUCAAGAUGACCUCAGCCGGAGCCAACCAGAAGAAGUACUUUGUGGGGGAAGAGGCACUGUACAAGUACGAGAACUUACACCUGCACUACCCCAUCGAGCGCGGCCUGGUCAGCAGCUGGGACGACAUGGAGAAGCUCUGGAAACACCUCUUCGAGUGGGAACUGGGCGUGAAACCCUGUGACCGGCCGGUGCUCAUGACCGAGCCCUCCCUGAACCCCCGGGAGAACCGCGAGAAGAUGGCACAGAUCAUGUUUGAGACCUUCAACGUACCCGCCUUCUACCUGUCGGACCAGGCGGUGCUGGCGCUGUACGCCUCCGCCUGCGUCACGGGCCUGGUGGUGGACAGUGGGGACGGGGUCACUUGCACGGUUCCCAUCUUCGAGGGCUACUCCCUGCCGCACGCGGUCAACAAGCUGUAUGUGGCGGGGAGGGACAUCACAGAGCACCUGACCCGGCUGCUCCUGGCCAGCAGCCGCACCUUCCCCUGCUCUCUGUACAAGGCCCUGGUGAAUGACAUCAAGGAGAAGCUGUGCUUCGUGGUCUUGGAGCCCGAGAAGGAGCUGUGCAGGAGACCCGAGGACCCCCUGAAGGAGUACAAGCUGCCCGACGGGAACGUCGUCCACCUCGGGGAUCAGCUACACCAGGCGCCCGAGGCCCUGUUUGCGCCCGACCAGCUGGGCAUCCACAGCCCAGGGCUCCCCAAAAUGGUCUCCAGCAGCAUUGUGAAAUGCGACGCCGACAUCCAGAAGACGCUCUUUGGGGAAAUUGUGCUGUCUGGGGGUUCCACGCUGUUCCAGGGGCUGGACGACCGGCUGCUCAGGGAGCUGGAGCAGCUGGCUUCCAAAGGGACCCCCAUCAAAAUCACGGCGCCCCCUGACAGGUGGUUCUCCACGUGGAUCGGGGCCUCCAUCGUCACCUCGCUGACCAGCUUCAAGCAGAUGUGGGUCACCGGGGCGGAUUUCAAGGAGUUUGGGACAUCCGUGGUGCAGAGGAGGUGCUUUUAG